AUGGCGACCAGGGGCGUAUGGCAGCUCAGCAAGGUGACGAUCCGGUACUGUCAACACGGCGGAAGUAGUCGCUACGUUCGGCAUUUGCUGAGCGACCAGCGCUUUCUUCAGUUUGUCGAGGAGAAUCCGCAGGUGCAAUUUGAGACGGAGCUAAAAGGUGCUCGCCACCCGAUCGUCAUUGGAGAUUACGUGACCAAUGAGCGCAAAGUUUCGGAUCUCAAGAAUCAGGACAUUCCCUUCAUUAUGAAGCAGCUGGAGCGCCUUCGCAACUCUAGCGGUCGCAAGAUGACGCCUAUGAAGAAGCCGGUUAUCUCGAAGCGUCCGACCAUUCAGGGAAUCUGGCAGCCGGACCUCGUUUUCCCGGAGUUUAAGAUCAGCGAUCGCAGUUAG